AUGAAACAUGAUCGGAAUGUAACGGUCCAUCACUUUUGGCGAAAGGAAAACCACACGGAGAGCAGCGACUGUUCCAGCGUUCCUGAAGCUUUUCCUCUAAUCGCCCGAGGUCGGUUCCAACUCCAGACUUGCUAGUUAUGGGAAUUCGGGUUAGGCAAUCGACCACGAUUGACGACGGUCCGUUUCACCGUUCUUCAAAUGCCUGGCCUUCUACCUUUCCAAGUUUUUUACAUUUUUAAUUUUAACGCACUUGCAUAGUUCAGACUGAUUUCACCGAUUAUUCCGGCAAAUCCAAAAAGGUCACUUUUUCGCUGGACGAGGAGAAAAGGCCAAACAGAUCUUUUUCAACGAGAUGGCGAGGAGCUUUAUUCUGCAUAAAACUAAUAGGUUUUUCGGAACUUUAUUUUCAUAAAAAUAUUUUUAUCACUUUUUUUUUCUUUGGUUUUUAAGAGUGAAUUUUUUUUAUAAAAACGUGUAAUUUUCAAAAACCUAUAGAUCAAAUUCGAAGUCAUUCCGUAAUCAAAAAAAAACUUAUCACUUCAGAUUUUGAGCUCAAUACUUGAAUUUUCGAAUCAGGAAAAGGAAAUUCAUGAUCUCAGCUUAAAUCAGAAAUUCAAUUUUUCUAGGAACUUUAGGCGUUUGUAGUGAUAUCUAGAGCCAGAAGUGAAUUUCUCUCCCAACUACAAGUUCUAUAAAAUAGCCUCACCAUUAAGGUAAACGAAUACUCUCACUGCGAAAUGUUCUCACCGACUGGAUGUUUCUGGCCGUUCUUGGAAUCAACGUGGCUUGCUUGUCCAUUUUUGUCGACCUCAUGGUGCACUACUUGCAAGAAUGUUGAUUUCACUCGAUUGAAAAUGCUAAGUUGACACUUCAGUGCAAGAGAAAACCGGUCAACUGUACUCAUCGCCAUCUCAACCUUUUUGGAUGUGGAUGGUCGGGCUCGUUACCUGGUGUUGCUACACAGUUGGACUCGUUGCAGCUUCUGCUUCUUUUGUUCAUUUUGUUUCUCCGCAAGCUAUAGGUACGGCUUCAUCAAAAAGGAUCGCAAUUGGAGUGGCUCAACAAGUCGCGGUUGAGAUGAGAACAUCUGCAAAUGAAGUUCGAUAAAAAUUAACUAUUGUCAGAAAAAUAUAUUGAAACAUCUUCAUUAGAAAUGGAUCAAAAACUGUGUUUUUCUUUGCUUUGAAAAUCCGAAACGCAAAUUGUUUUCUAAUGCUGUGAUGAAACGUCAAACUUCUCGGCCUAACAAUACUGAAAAGAGGAAAUAUAUUCAAGGUUCCGGCAUUCCUGAGAUGAAGACAAUCAUUCGAGGAGUUAUCCUGAAAGAUUACCUAACUCUUAGAACACUUGUUUCCAAAGUGUUCGGUAUCACGAUGUCAAUUGGCAGUGGGAUUCCGAUUGGAAAGAUGGUUUAUCGAAAAUUCGAGUUGAACUCUCAAUUCAGUUUUUAGGGUCCUUUCGUUCACAUUUCCUCCGUUGUAGCGAAUCAAUUAUGCUCAUUGGCUGCGAAACUCGACCCAACAUUCCGAGAAGAAGGCCGCAGGUUGGAAUGUCUUGCAGCCGCGUGCGCGGUCGGCGUUGCAAGCGUUUUCAGUGCUCCAGUUGGGGGUGCCAAAUUCAAUUUGAAUCCGAUAAUUGUUUUUUUUCAGGAGUUCUAUUUUCGAUUGAAGUAACGACAAUGUAUUUCUCAGUUCGUAGUUAUUGGCGAGGGUUUUUCGCUUCCUGUUGUGGAGCCACUACCAUUCGUCUCCUUAGAGCUUUUCUAGUCAGAACGGAAGGUAGAUCCCUAACUUGUUCUGAAAAUAGUUCAUUGGCUCUAAAUUCAAAAUCUAUGAUCGAAAUGAAUGGAUCUCAAAAAAAGAAUUUUUUUUGGGUUGAUGAGAAUUUGAAGCAAGUUAAAAUCGCGUACUUUGAGACACCCUGAGCCUGAGAAAAAUGUCCUCUUUCGUGGACCUUACCGUAAACCAGAUAGAGACGGGUUCAAAGAAACCACUGUUUUAUCCGUUUCUCAAAACUAAAAAAUUUCGUCAAUUCCUAUUUUCAGUGACGGUAAGCGCUUUCUUUCAAACGAGCUUUCCGCCGGACGCCUUUUCCGUCAAAGAACUGCCUCUUUUUGCAUCCUUAGGCCUGAUUUGCGGACUUCUUGGAGCCCUUUACAUAAAUCUCUACCGCUCCACUGUGUUGUUCAUGCGUAACAACCGCUACGCAAAACCGAUCUUCCAAAGACAGUAUGUGAAAUCAUUUCCUCUCCUUUAAAAUAAUUUAAUUUUCAGUUGGAUAGUGUAUCCAAUAGUCGUUUCUUCAUUCUUCUGUUUGAUAUCUUAUCCAAGUGGCCUCGGGAAUUUCACAACUGGGAGGGUGCUGUACAGAGGAAGACUUUUUUGAAACGUCUUUUAUUCAGAUGCGAUUUGGGUUGAAUUUGCGAGAUUUUUUCUCGAAUUGCACUUACACGGCUGAACCUGGAGAUAUUUUGAGUUGCGGUCAAUGGAUUCAUAGUCACUGGCUCAACCGUUCCAACGUCUCACUGAUUCUACUACAGUUCAUUUUGAUCUACGUUAGUUUAUUGAUGUUUAUGUUGAAUAGACUUUGUGUUACUUCUUUGUAAUACAAUUUGACCUUCGCGUAUCAAAUUUUUUUUCGUGUAUAAAAACACAUGUAUAUUUUCAGUUUGUAUUUUCUAUCAUAAUGUUAACCCUGCCAGUCCCUUCUGGUGUUUUCUUGCCGGUUUUCGUUUUGGGCGCUGCAAUUGGAAGGCUUGCAGGCGAAGUUUUUUUCUUCGAUUAUUGCCAUAGAUUUUCUCGUUCAGAUUGCGUCUCUUUAUACUCCAGAAGAUUUGAUGGUUCAUCCGGGUAUUUACGCUGUAGUAGGUGAAUACAGUGUAAAAAAGAAGUUCGAAUGAAAACAUUUUUAGGAGCCGCUUCUUUUUCUGCUUCAGUAACUCACACGGUUUCUGUUUCUGUCAUAAUUUUCGAGCUGACGGGCCAACUUCACUUUCUUCUUCCUGUUAUGGUCUUAGUUCCUAUUCUAGAAAAAAAUUUAGCGAGCUUUCAGAUAUCCGUUGUUCUUUCCAAUGCCGUCUGUGCCUAUCUCCAGCCUUCGUUAUUCGACACAAUCAUCAAAAUAAAGCAUCUCCCUUUCCUACCGGAUAUUCCUCCUUCAAGCCAUAUGUGAAACAGAAAAGACACUUUCCGAUCAUAAUUUGUUUUCAGGGUUCACACAACUUUUGCGGAGAACAUCAUGGUUUCCCCUGUGAUGUUCCUAACCAAACUCACUACAUACAAAGAGAUUCAAGAUGUUGUCAAUUCAGGAUAUCAUUCAUUCCCAGUGACUGACUCUCAAAGUACGCUGGUACAUCUUUUGACUUGAAAAAGAAAUGAUAUUCCAGCAAACCAAUUGCUGAUUGGAACAGUUUCAAGAAGGGUUCUUUUCGAAAAAUUGAACGGACAGGUGCUAGUUCAAGCUUGAAACAAUAUGUUGUGUUUUAGCUUGGGAGGAUUUUCAUACCUUACAAAAUAUAUAUUGUCAGAUUGGCGAUGAAGCUCGGAAAAAAGAAGCGGGCAGAAGAGUCAAAAGCGCUAUAGAGACUUUGGAUUGGCAUAUAAAAACAUCCCAAAAAGAGGCAAGUGAAAUCGAAACUCCAAAAAGUUUGAACCUGAUUUAUUUCAGAGCUCACGACGGAGUCACUCUGACAUGAACCUGGAGUCCUUGCAAGCUAAAAAAGAAGAGAAUGAACAACAUAUGAUUCUGCCAGAACCAACGACUGAGGUCAAAAAUUCAAGGUCGGUAAAAAUCUCGACGUUCGCUUUAUUUAAUUUCUUAGCAGGUUUCUGGUGGUUCCCGCGCCUGAAGUCACAACGCCUCCUGCUACAAUUCGCAGGAACUCCCUCUCGCGAAGAAAUGCUUUCUGUAGCUUGCAGCAAACGGAAGAUAUACAAAACAAGGGUAUCUUCUAAGAAUCUGGAUUAAAUCUAGAUAAUUCAGAAAACGACGGAGGUCUCAAUUCAAUGAAACCAGAAGAUUCUAUCACCUACCGAACUUUUCACGCCGUAUCGAGUGAAUAUCAAGCCUUGAUGAAAAGUGAGGUGGUUUUGACGUUUCUAGGUUGUUCAAUAGAACUUUGUUAUAUCCAGUUUAGCAAAAGUUUUUUUCAAAACUAGUAAAUACAAAAUUCAAAGUGCGCCUUCUAUUCGAAUGAAAUUAGUCUCAAUAAGAAGCUCGUGGCCCCGCAAAAAUCAAAAAGAAUCAUUUUUUCACGUUCAGGUUAUAUGAAACUGGCAAAAAAAUACUUAUAUCACAUGCAAUUCGGACACGGCAAGAAAAUGCACGAAGAAGAUAGUCAAUAUGACUUAUUUGCAGAAGAAGUUCCUUCAACAAUUUUUCAGAUUCUCAAAGUUGAUUUUCAGAAAGAAAAAUGGCAAGAUGAAAGAUUAUUGCAAAGUUUUGAGUUCACAGACUUGGAAAUUGAUCCAGCGCCGUUUCAACUCGUCAAAAAAACGUCCCUUUACAAGGUUGACCCAAUUUGGAGUCCCUAUCGACUUUUUGAUUUUAAGAUCCACUCUAUAUUCUCGAUGCUCCAAUUGAACAAAGCAUACGUCACUGAUUGCGGUCGUUUGAUAGGCGUUGUGUCUCUGUCUGACGUAAGUCUUGGUGAAUCAACUAAGGGCUGA